CGCCGGCGGCGUCGUUAAGUGCCGCGCGUUGCGGGGUGGUGCACAGUUAGUGCGUUGCGGUGCGGUGUGGCGGCAUGGCAGGCGAUCAUUCUCGCAGCUUGGGCAAGGGCAGCGCGGCGCCGGGGCCGGUGCCCGAGGGGGUGAUCCGGCUGUACAGCAUGCGCUUCUGCCCCUUCGCCCAGAGGACGCGCCUCGUUCUCCGUGCAAAGGGCAUCAGUCAUGAAGUAAUUAACAUCAAUUUGAAGAACAAACCGGACUGGAUUUUUGAGAAGAACCCUUCUGGGCUAGUUCCUAUUCUGGAGACCAGCAAGGGCCAGAUAAUCUAUGAGUCCCCAAUCACUUGUGAGUAUUUGGAUGAAGCAUUUCCAGGGAGGAAGCUGAUGCCUUCAGACCCAUAUGAGCGAGCCUUUCAGAAGAUGCUUCUGGAAGACUUCUCAAAGAUAACAGCUGUAAUUUCCAAGGCACUCAAAGAAGGAGGUGAUCUCACAGCGCUGAUGGCAGAAUUAGCUGGGAAGUUUGGCAAAUUUGAUGAGAUUCUCUCUCAGCGCAACACUGUGUUUUAUGGUGGGGACUCCAGCUCCCUGAUUGACUACAUGAUCUGGCCCUGGUUUGAACGCCUGGAAGCAUUCCAGCUGAAGGAUGCUUUGACUCAUACUCCAAAACUCCAACGCUGGAUGGAGGCCAUGAAGAAGGACCCAGCUGUCAAAGAUACGAUCACUGACCCACAAACACUCAGAGUUUUCCUCCAGCUCUAUUUCAAGAACAGUCCAGAAGCGUGCGAUUAUGGGCUUUGAGAUGUCAGUGAACACAUGUUUGCUGAAGUAUCAGUGCCUCUCUUCAGUGUGAGCUUUGAGGAUCUAGUGUUAUUUGAUGUGGGGUCUUGUCUGGUUGCGUUACUUAAUGCUUGGGUGCAUCUAUGCUGGAAAGAGCAAAACCUCUUUCCUGUUAGGAGGAGGAGGCAGAAAGCCAUUGCUGACUGUGUAUUCUAUGGGAAAGAAAACAGUGGCUUUACUCAGAGGUGACCUGUCAUCUGUAGCCUAUUUGCGGGUAUUUCUUUUGGGUGGUCCUUGAGCUGACUCUCUUACUUGGGUAAAAGUUGUAAUGCUUGAAAAUAAAAGCAAAUGUUUUAAGUGCA